CGUUAGUUGAUAAAAUUAUCAAAGAAUAUGAAAUCGAUCUUUAUAAUUACAAUGAAUUUGAAAUUUUCGAAAAAUUCGACAAUAUGGAAAAAGCAUGUUGGAAAACCCAUGAUUUAAUGGUUGCUUUAAAUUAUUUAGAUGAAAAAAUUAUGUUUGCUUUAAAUAGUACUGAUGAAAAAAAUGUGCGAGAAAUUAUAAAAGAGCCAAGAUUGCAAAAGACCCACAUCCUAAUAUCAACCAAUUCUAUGGAAUAG